CGCAUUCUCUCUCUCUCUUUCCAAAUUCCAACUUUCCAACUUCCAAGUUGUCAACCGAGUCAAUUUCUGCUGUAAAAGUCUAUGAAGUGAUCCAGCCACCACACCAGUAGUAGUACCGGCAGUUCAAGUUCGUAAGAGGCACUUAUUGUAAAGUAAUUCGUCCUCCUCUCUAACACUAAAUAACUUGAUCCCGAUCCUAAUAAAUCUUGCUAGUUAGUUGUUUUAGGUGACUAAUUACAUCUACGAAAAGUAUAUUCCCAUCAAUUUUUCACUCCGAUCACUUUUCAUCAUCCAUCAUGCCUUCUCGUGAACUUCCACCGACGCCACAGCCGCCGCCACUCCACCACCUGGAACCCCCUCUUGCCGGCUCCGUCGCCGCCGCUUUCUCUCUCCUCAUUCUCUGCACUUUUUGUUUCCGCAAAGUCUCCCGCAAACGCACCGUCCCAUCUUCAGACACCGAUUCCAAGCCUCCCCACCGCUUCUCCUACUCCUCCCUCCGCCGGGCCACCUCCGCUUUCUCCCCCUCCCUUCGCCUCGGUCAAGGUGGCUUCGGCUCCGUCUACCGGGGCACCCUUAAGCCUGGCAUCCAAGUAGCCGUUAAGCUCAUGGAUUCCGGGUCCCUACAGGGCGAGCGCGAGUUUCAGAACGAGCUGUUUUUAGCCGGGAGAAUCGACGCCAAAUACAUCGUCUCUGUUUUGGGUUUUUCUUCUGAUCCGAGACGACGCCGUAUGCUGCUCGUUUAUGAGCUCAUGGCUAGUGGAAGCUUGCAGGAUUGUCUAUUGCAUCGUAAGUGUGCUGAAUUAAAAGAUUGGAACAAAAGAUUUUCAAUUGCUUUAGAUAUAGCUAAAGGGCUCGAAUACUUGCAUCAUUUCUGUGAUCCUCCUAUAGUUCACGGUGAUAUUAAGCCUAGUAAUGUCCUAUUGGAUGCUAAUUUUGAUGCUAAAAUUGGCGAUUUUGGGUUAGCAAGGUUAAAAUCAGAUGAGGGUCAGGUUGAGAUUGAGGUGAAAAAAGAGGGAAAUUCGGUGGAGGAUAAUGGAUCAGUAGCUGAGGAGACGGAGAGUGUGAUAACGGCUAGUGUUUGUGAUGGGUGUGAUGGGGGUGUGGAACAGUCCCCAGAGAGUUGUUUUGUUGCGGUGGAGGCUUCGCCGGAGACGGUGCUGACUGCGGAAUUGUCCCCGGAGACAACUAUGGUGGUCUCGCCGAGAACAGCGGCUGCAAUGGCAACUCCACUGGAAGGUUUGGACGAGAAUAGUGUUUUAGCGGCUAAUUUUGAUAGGACUGGUGUCCAGAGUGGGGGAGAAUUGGGCAGUGGUGGGGGUAAGAUUGCGAAAAAGAAGAAGAAGAGUUUUUCUGGGAAAGAUUGGUGGUGGAAGCAAGAUAAUGGAGACGUUGAAUCGGGGGUGGUGAAGGAUUAUGUGAUGGAAUGGAUUGGAAAUGAGAUUAAGAAAGAGAGGCCGAAGAGUGAAUGGAUUGGGACUUCAUCAACUUCUGUAGCAGUUGGGAAAAGUGAAAAACAGAAGAAGAAGAAAAACCGGAGGCGGUUAGAUUGGUGGGUGUCGUUGGAUGAUGACAAGAACGUGAAGAAGGAUAAGAGGAGGCCAGCAAGGGAAUGGUGGAAGGAGGAGUACUGUGAAGAGCUUGAGCGGAAGAAGAAGAAGAAGAAAAAGUUAGAGCAAGGUUCGGUGAGUGAUGACUGUUACAGUGAGAAUUGGUGGCCUAGGGAUGACGAUAUGUAUUCUGAUAAAAAGAAGAAAAGGAGUCGGAGUCGGAGGAGUAGUAAGAGUAGUAUGGAUUGGUGGUUGGAUGGACUUAGCGGGGACCUCUGGAGGGCUCGAAGGAAUAGUUAUGACUCUGCUAGUGGGGAGAUUCCUAAGAGCGGUGGUAUUAGCAGCACACCUAGUAUGAGAGGAACUGUUUGUUACAUUGCACCAGAGUAUGGUGUUGGUGGUGACUUGUCUGAGAAGUGCGAUGUCUAUAGUUUUGGGGUUCUCUUACUGGUUCUUAUUGCUGGGCGUAGACCGCUUCAAGUGAGCGGAUCGCCAAUGUCAGAGUUCCAACGAGCAAAUCUCUUAUCCUGGGCACGUCAUCUUGCACGUGCAGGAAAACUUAUUGAUCUGGUGGAUCAAUCCGUACAUUCUUUGGAUAAAGAACAAGCUCUACUGUGCAUCACUGUAGCCCUGCUCUGCCUGCAAAAGUCUCCUGCUCGCCGGCCUUCAAUGAAAGAGGUGGUUGGAGUGCUCUCAGGAGACUUGGAAUCCCCAAAACUUCCAAUAGAAUUUUCGCCUUCACCUCCCUCCCGGUUUCCUUAUAAGUCCCGCAAAAGGGACCAAUGAGUUCUGUGUUUGAUAGCAAAUUUUGGCGAAAGCCAUAUUCUUUUCUGGGAAAUUGUUCCUGCUCAUGUAAUAUGUGAGGGAAAAAGAUGGGAAUUCACCCGAUGAGAAGAUUUCUUCUUGAUCUAACAAUCUUGUACAAUACAUUUAUAGCUUCUAAAUUUGUUUUUCAUUGAGAGGCAUUGACUCAUUUCAACUUAACAUAUCAUGUUCAGGAUCGCCA